CGCCCCUCCUCGAUGUUGCGCAGGGUCCUCGCCGGAGCGAUCGCGCGCCUCUCCGGCCCCGGAUUCUCCAGCCUUCCGCCGAGGAGACGGCCUCUCCUCCCGCCCAACGCCCCGCGGCUCUCCACCGCGCGGGAGCCGGCCGGCGGCGGCGAGGGCAGCGAGGGGGAGGAUGACGACGACCCGUUCUCCUUCCCGGACCAGCAGCAGCUCCCGCCCGAGGUGGCGCGCGGCGUGGACGCCGUCGUCGCGGCUGCCGAGGGCGCCCACUUGGACGCCGCGCGCGCCGGGGCCCUCCUGGAGCGCUGCGGCGCCGCGGCCUCCGAGACGCUCGUGGUGGCCGCGCUCUCGCGCCUCCGCAACAGCUGGGCCGCCGCGCACGCCGCGUUCCGCUGGGCGGGGCGGCCGCAGCCCGGAUACGCCCCGGGGCGGCACGCGUGCCACUCCAUGCUCGCCAUCCUCGCCAGGCACCGCCGCUUCGACGACGCGCGCGCCCUGCUCGACGAAAUGCGCCGCAGGUCGCUCGCGUCACCGAGGGCGGUGCUCCUCCUAAUCCGGCGCUACUGCGCCGCGCGAGACGUGGCGGGCGCGAUCGCCGCGUUCCGGUCGCUCCCGACCUUCGGCUUUCAGCCCGGGGUCCCCCAGUUCCAUGGCCUCCUCGGCGCCCUCUGCCGGUACAAGAACGUCAAGGACGCGGAGCACCUGCUUCUGUCCAGUGACAAGGAGUUCCCGUUCGAGACCAAGGGCUUCAACAUCGUGCUCAACGGCUGGUGCAACAUGGUCUGCAGCGUGCGUGAGGCCAAGAGGUUUUGGACCGUCAUGGAGCUCAGGGCUGUCGCGAGGGACGUUGUGUCUUAUGGGAGUAUGAUCUCGUGCUUCUCGAAGGCCGGGAGCUUGGACUCGGUCAUGAAGCUCUUUAACCGCAUGAAGGAGGCUGGCAUCGUGCCAGACCGGAAGGUCUACAAUGCAGUUGUGCACGCGCUCGCUAAGGGACGGUGCGUGGAUGAGGCAAGGGCGCUUGUCCGGAGCAUGGAGGAGAAGGGGGUUACACCGGACACGGCGACUUACAACUCCCUCAUUCGGCCUCUUUGCAAGGCUCGUCAGGUCCAGGAGGCAAGGGAGAUGUUUGAUGAGAUGGUAGGAAGGGGGCUGUUGGCAUCGGUGAGGACAUUCCAUGCGUUGUUCGAUGUUGCUACGAGCCCCACUGAGGUCUUUGAUCUGUUGGAUAAGAUGAAGGCACUACAUUGCGAGCCAGAGAUGGACACUUAUAUUAUGUUGAUCCGGAAGUUCUGCAGGUGGAAGCAGCAUGAUAGUGUGGAGAAACUGUGGAACGCAAUGCCUGCAAAUGGGUUGACCCCUGAUCGGAGCGCGUACAUUGUGUUCAUACAUGGAUUGUUCUUGAACGGGAAGCUAGAGGAGGCAGCAAAGUAUUACGAAGAGAUGAAAGCCAAGGGAUUUUCACCAGAGGAGAAGACUGAAUCAAUGAUACAGGCGUGGCGUUCAGGCAGAGAGCUUGCCAAGGCAUCAGCUUCUGUCGGCUCAAGACGCGGCUCGGUGUCUCUCAAAGUAACUCGUAGAGAGUGGUAAAGAUGAAGGCCACUCGGAAGUGAUCUAUAAAAAGAGACACGGGUGUUGUUUUGGAGUAACUGGUGGGCAUUUUGGAGAGAGAUUAUUUGGUUAUUCAGAAAGACGAGUCUGAUUACUUUCAAGUGAUCUUCAUCUACUUUGCUUUGGCCGGUUUGGUCAAGGAAGCCAUGCUUGCAAGGGCCCUUUGGCUUUUGUUAGAAUUGUCAGCGAUGACCUCAGCUUAGGGUAUGCUGUUCGGUUUCCUUUGUUCCAGUCUGUAAUCAAACUUUCUUCCUUCUAACUGAAGGCGCAGAGCUCCUGCCGUAUUCGAAAAAAGUAUGUUUGCGCAGUUAUUUUCAUUCUCAUUGGAUUGCUUGGCUGUAGAUUUGAAUUAGAAAGUGCAACCUAUGGUUUAUCCUGUUUAAA